AUGGCACCGAUCAAAAUCAUCCACCGUACCAAGUCCGCAUCCCUAUCUCUCCAUUCCAUUGUGGAACGAUCAGGCAAAAAGGGCAACUGGGCGAACCGGAACCGCGGAGUGGUGCUCAUCUUCUGCAUCGUCUUCCUCGUUGUGGUUGGAAUCAUGGCCCUUUUUGCGUACCGACGAAUGUUGCAGCGAAAGGCCGAGAAGGAGUCUUAUGAGACGACAAAUGAUUAG